AUGGCUCCCCCCUUCCCCCGCGCCGACACCGAGGUCGACUACCCGAUUUACUCGGUCGACUUUGACCCCGAGGAUGCGAAUAGAUUAGUUGUCGGUGGAGGAGGAGGUGCUGGACGCUCAGGCGUUGGCAACAAGAUUACAGUACUAGACACCUCUCACCAAGAUGAAAUCCGAAUAGCAGGCGAAGUCGAACUAUCCCGCGACGAAGACAGCGUCAUGUCCAUCGCCGUGGGCCCCCACAAAGGCAAAACCACGCACCUCUACGCAGGCAUCAACUCCUCCGCCGCCGACAUCGCCAAAGGCACGAACCAGCACCUGCGCUGCUUCUCCGUCGACCCGUCCAAGGCGAGACCCCUCGCCUCCACAGCCGGCAGCAGCCCGUCCGCAAAGCGGAGAGCGUUUCCCGAGGCCCGAAUCGCAGAGGUUUCCCGCACGGCGCUGUUUGCGAAUCCCGACGCCGACACGUACCAGCGCUUGUUGCGCGUGUCGGGGGCUAUUGGCGCGGCGGCUUCUGCCCUCGGCAAGGAGCCCCAGAUAGCUGUGUUCGAGACGAGUGCGCCGAAGCCGAAAGCCCGGGGCGUGCUGGAGCUGGCGAAGGAGGCGGAGGCGCUGGAUAUCAUUCAGACGGGGGAGAAUGAGUAUCAGUUGGCGUAUGUUGAUCGGUAUGAGCUGUACGUUGUUAAUAUUGGGGCCAAGACGAGUAGUGAGCCGGAGAUGGUGUUUUCAAUGCCGGACGAUCAUGGCGAGAGGCCGCAGUUUCGGUCUAUUCGGUACUUGACGCCAGAGUUCAUCCUUGCGGUGUCGAAUCUGCCCAAGAAGAACACUGGUGCGCUUAUCCAGGGCUUGCGGUUGCCGUCGCCAGGCCACGAGAAGGCUAGAUUGGCUGCGACGGCUAAGAUUCCUCGCAAAAUUUGCGCAACGUCUUUAGCCGUAACGAACUUGUCGUCACCGGCGUCGCCUGCUACGCCUGUAGGCAAUACGCAGUUCGUGGUGGCUGUUGCUGGGAAUGAUUCGUCGAUAUCGCUCUACACACUGGAACACCAGGUCUCACCGGCGUUGAACCUCCUGCUCAACUUGUAUCCCUUCCACACGCUCAAAGAAGUCCACGGCCAGGACAACAUCUCCGGCCUCGCAUUCUCCAGAUUCAUCACACCAAAGACGCACAUCCGCCCACAACACGUCAAACUCGCAAGCACAUCACUACAAAAGACCAUCACCGUGCACAGCAUCCCGCUCAAGAAAUUCAUCGACACCCAAGCCCCCCGAAACAAGAAGGGACCCCCCCGACCAACUCGCUACAUCGUGGCCAUGCAGCCCCGCGGCCCGUCCGCCCGCCCCCUCAUCGCCAUCCUCACCGUCAUUGUGCUCAUUCUCGCUAUUGUAGCCCAGUCCGUCAAGGAGCUCUACGGCGGCGGACAGCCCAUCAUCUUUGCACAGCCAUUCAUGCCCUCGUGGCACGGACGGCUGCUCCUCCACCGGGCCGACCAGCCGUCCCACUUUGAGAAUACCCUCAUCUCAAGCUUGACUGGGGAUAGGGUCCUACGCACGGGGGAGAAGCUCGUUCUUCUGGAUGCUGAUCCUGUUAUUGAAGGGGACGCCAGCAAACUGCAGGUUGAUGUGCAUGAUUCUGAUGCCCAUGGCGAGGCGCGCACGUGGGACCAACUCCAUGGGGAUGAGCAGCGGGCUUGGAAGGAGAGGCUUCGCGAGGCGGGGGCCUGGACGCAGAAUAUGGGGGAGAGUGUGUUUAAGGGAGUGUUUUUUGGGGAGUUGGCCGGUGUGGUGGGCAGGGCGGUGGCCGGCUAG